UUCAUUCUUAGCGCGUUUGCGUCUGUGCUCAUACGCAUGUUUUCGCGCCAAUUCAUGUGCAAUUUUUUUUAUUCUCGAUUGUCUAUGGCUGUGCUUUACUUGUAGAAAGAACUGUUUUAAUUUUACUAUGCGAUUAGGAAUUGUACACUAUGAAGAAUAAGAAAGGAGACGUUACCAAAGCAACAGACAAGGACCAAAACGAAAGAAAUAUCAAUAACAAUAUAGUGAAAGCAACCAAACAAAGUAUUGCUAAUGACACAAAUGUUCAUCUGAUUUUCUUCGUGUGUAUAAUCGGUGUCACCUUGGGGAUAGCUUUAGAGAUAAUAAAUGUACAAAAUAGAAAUGUUACCAAAGAUACGGUGUUCAGUAAGAACUACUGGGUAUAUUCAGCAUAUUACGACGCGGAAAAUAAAAAUGGUUUGCUCAAGCACGUGCAUUUGGUUCUAGAAAGAUUUGGCUACAAGAAAACUUCGAACGACACCCCGUGGGUGCUCCUGUGGUCGCACGACUACCCUUUCAGAGUACUGAACUCGAUUAUAAGCAAAUUAAAACCACACCAAAAAGUAAACCACUUUCCCGGAACAGGUUUCAUAACGAUGAAAGUGGAUCUGGCUACAUCGAAUUCCACAUAUAUCCCAAGAGCGUUCAAACUGCCCAAAAACAAGGAACAAUUUUUAAAAUAUGCCAGAGAGAAUAGAAAUGCAUUGUUUUUGGAAAAGCACAAUCAGCACCGAGGUGUGUACCUUAAAAACGUGAGCGAAAUAGAUUUGUCAAGUGGCGAAAGUUUUGUGCAGGAGUUCGUGCAAAAACCAUUUUUGGUGGAUGGACAUAAGUUCGAUAUUGGCGUGUACGUCGCGUUAACAUCUGUUAAUCCUCUGAGGGUCUACUGGUACAAAGGAGACGUUAUUUUCAGAUACUGCCCAGCGAAAUACUAUCCCCUGGAUCCCAAGAAAUUGGAUAAAUACGUGAUAGGUGAUGAUUACCUGCCGACCUGGGAGGUACCGUCUUUGGCACACCCGUAUACAGCACUGGGAUUCAGCAUGAAGGAUGCGUUUGAUCAUUAUGCUCAAUCCAAGGGUAAGAAUACGACACACAUGUGGGACGAAAUACAAAAAGCUAUUAGAGAAGUUUUUAUCAACAAUGAACAUCAUAUUAUUGAGGCGCUGAAAAAAUACAGAUCAGGCGAUAAUUUCUUUGAAAUGAUGCGUUUUGAUCUUAUCGUGGAUGAAGAUUUGAAAGUUUAUCUAAUCGAAGCGAACAUGUCACCGAAUUUAAGUUCAGCACAUUACCCGCCAAAUCAAUUGCUUUAUGAACAAGUGUUGUAUAAUCUGUUCUCAUUGACGGGAGUGGCCAAUCAUAUGGGCAAUUUGAGUGACCAAACUGCUGUGCAGAAUAUGAUAUCAGCUCAAAAAAACAUCGCAGUGUACAGCAAGGAAUGUAGUACAACUUGUAAAGAUAACUGUGAUGCGACAUCUGCAUGUGCACUGUGUAAACCAUGCUUAAACAACAAAUUGAAAAACGCGUUGUUAACAGCUCAUAGAGAACACAUACAUAAGGGUGAUUUUAGAAGACUAUUUCCACCCGCAAUGCAACAAAACGACAAAAACAUCGAAGCGAAGAUAAAAGACUUAAAUGAAAUGAACAAACUUCAAUACAUAUGGUAUCAAGGAAAAUGUAAUAUUGAUGAAACAUGGUGUGUCUAAAAUAAACCAACAUUGUUUUUCAACAUUAUUUAUUUCUAUCCAAAAAUAAACCUUUCGAAAAUAA